GAGCCGCCCCGCGCCUGCGCGCUGCAGCAGCGGCCAUGGCGCGCCCGGGCCGGGCCGGCCUCAAGGAGCAGCGCUACGACCGCCAGCUCAGACUGUGGGGCGACCAUGGCCAAGAAGCAUUGGAAUCUGCCCAUGUUUGUGUGAUAAAUGCAACAGCAACAGGAACUGAAAUACUCAAAAACUUGGUGCUGCCAGGUAUUGGUGCGUUUACAAUUGUCGAUGGGAAUCGAGUCUCUGGAGAAGAUGUUGGAAAUAAUUUCUUUCUACAAAAAAGCCAUAUUGGUCAGAACCGUGCCCAGAGUGCCAUGGAGCUCUUGCAGGAAUUGAAUAGUGAUGUUUCUGGAAACUUUGUUGAAGAGAGUCCAGAAAAGCUUUUAGACAACGACCCUUCCUUUUUUAAUCGGUUUAACUUAGUGGUUGCAACACAACUACCAGAAAGCACAUUGCUGCGCCUGGCUGAAGUUCUCUGGAAUUCCAACACUCCUCUGCUGAUCUGCAGGACUUAUGGACUGGUUGGUUACAUGAGAGUUGUGAUUAAAGAACAUACAGUUGUUGAAUCUCACCCUGACAAUAUGUUAGAAGAUCUGAGACUGGACAAACCAUUUCCAGAACUGACAGAGCACGUUCAGGAUUAUGACUUGGAGCAUAUGGACAAAAAGGACCACAGCCACACUCCAUGGAUUGUGAUUGUAGCCAAGUAUCUCACAAAAUGGUUCAAUGAGAAAAGUGAACAGUGGCCUAAGAGUUACAAAGAGAAAGAAGCCUUCAAAGAGCUGAUUCGGCAAGGUAUCUUAAAGAAUGAAAAUGGGACCCCAGAAGAUGAGGAAAACUUUGAAGAAGCUAUAAAAAAUGUGAACACAGCAUUAAAUCGUACAGAGGUUCCAAGAGGCAUUGAAGAUCUUUUUAAUGAUGAUUGCUGCCUAAAACUCACAGAACAGUCAUCUUCCUUCUGGAUUUUGGUUCGAGCUUUAAAGGAAUUUGUGGCAAAUGAAGGGCAAGGAAGCUUGCCUGUCCGGGGCACCAUACCUGAUAUGAUUGCAGACUCCAGUAAAUUCAUCAAACUACAAAAUGUAUACCGUGAAAAAGCAAAGAAGGAUAUUGCUGCUGUGGGGAACCAUGCUGCUAAAUUGUUACAGUCCCUGGGCAAGGCACCUGAGUCUAUUUCAGAGAAAGAAUUGAAGUUGUUCUGCAGCAACGCCGCUUUCCUGCGCGUGGUGCGCUGCCGGUCCCUGGCUGAGGAGCACAGCCCCAACUCCUGCAGCAAGGACGCCAUCAUUUCCCAUAUGGAUAACCCAGACAGUGAAAUAGUGCUCUACCUGAUGCUGAGGGCUGUCAAUAGGUUUUACAAGCAGCAUGGCAGAUACCCAGGUGUCUACAACUACCAGGUGGAAGAUGAUAUUGGAAAGCUAAAAUCAUGCCUUACUGGUUUCCUCCAAGAACAUGGGCUAUCUGUAGUGGUGAAAGAUGACUAUUUGCACGAGUUUUGUCGCUAUGGAGCUGCCGAGCCUCACGCAGUUGCUGCCUUCAUGGGAGGUAAGGGUGACACUCCAGGGCCACACAAACAGCAGCCUGCCCAGCCAGAACUCUUCCUUCAUUCCUCUGGGCUCUCAGACCAAAGGCUGCAAUCACAGGCUGCAGUCACAGAUGGCAUUAGGGCACAAUCCUCCCCUUCAUUCUCCAAAUGUGACCUCCCUACAGUACAUACAGAGAGCUGCUGCACAGGAAGUCAUCAAAGUCAUUACAGGACAGUUUGUAAUUUUUAAUAAUACCUUUAUUUACAGUGGAAUGUCACAGACUUCAGCAACUUUCCAGCUGUAGGAUAAUCUCUUGCAUUCGAUGCCUCCAGGUGCUGCUGCUGCUGUAUUUACAAUUCUGUAAAUACUGUGCUUGUUUUGCCACUGACUGGACUGUUCUGUUCUGUAUUACCUGCUAAUUAAAGUUUCUUUAUUUGUAAUUA